CAGGCGCGGCCGGGCGGCGGCGGCGGCGGCGGCGGCGGGGCCGUGAGGCAGAUUUGAUUACUGUGGUGCAGUAAUACAUCUUGGAUUGAAAGCAUCAAGAGAAUUCUCAAAGUUCUUCAAGAUUACUGAAAUCUCAUCAGUCUGUAUACUGGGAGAGGAGAAGGAAGACACUCUAACCUUGAAAACAAUAUUCAAGGUUUAUAAAAGAAGGAAAAAUGGCUCAAGAAACCAACCGUAGCCAAGUGCCUAUGCUUUGUUCCACUGGCUGCGGAUUUUAUGGGAAUCCUCGUACAAAUGGCAUGUGUUCGGUGUGCUACAAAGAACAUCUUCAAAGGCAGAACAGUAAUGGUAGAAUUAGCCCUCCUGCAACUUCUGUCAGUAGUAUAACUGAGUCCUUACCGGUUCAGUGCACAGAAGGCAGUGCCCAGGAAACUCAGUCAACUUUAGAUUCUACAUCAACUCCAUCUAUGCAGCAAAGUCCUGUGUCAAAUCAGUCGCUUCUAACAGAAUCUGUAGCAUCAUCCCAACCGGAUAGUACAGCUGUGGACAAAACAGUACCUGAGACAGAAGAUUUGCAAGCACCAACUUCAGUGGACCUUAUCAAGACUAUUUCAAUAGACAGUACUGGAAAGGAAUUGAUGGAUACUUCAGAUUUUCGUGACAGUACCAGGGACUCGGAGGCAGAGUGUGAUUACGAUACAAGCAUAGAAAAUAAUGUAGAAUGUCCUGACUUGCUGGAUGAAGGCUCCAGGGAGAGAGGAAACGUGCAUGAUACAGUUUUAAAACUAAAUUCUUUAGUUUUUUUAAUAUUAGCUUCAGUGUCAGAGAAUGCAGAGCCUACUCCUGAAGAACAAGACAAGUCACUUGACAAGCCAAAACAGAAAAAGAAUCGUUGCUUCAUGUGUCGGAAGAAGGUUGGACUUACUGGGUUUGAGUGUCGGUGUGGAAACGUUUACUGCGGUAUGCACCGUUAUUCAGAUGUACACAGUUGCUCUUACAAUUACAAAGCUGAUGCUGCUGAGAAAAUCAGAAAAGAGAAUCCUGUAGUUGUUGGUGAAAAGAUCCAGAAGAUCUGAACUGCUGCUUCUGCUGGAAUACAAAAUCCUCUGACCAUCUGCAGAUUAAAUUGACUUGAGCUUUUUUUUCCUUAGUCAUCAGGAAUGUAGAGCAGUGUAUCUUGCCUAGACCUUUUAAUCAUGCAUGUCAUCAGAUGAAUAGAUUUUUUUGUUUUUUUUUUUUGUUUUGAAAAUGACUCUGAACAUUUAUUUUCAUUGCAGUUUUCUGUGGCUGAAGACUUAAGUAAACUUUACAAGUAUUAUCCUUUAAGAUCAUUUUAAUUUUAGUUGAGUGCAGAGGGCUUUUAUAACAAACAUGGAGAAAAUAUUGGAGGGCUGUGCUUUUCCAGGUAAAACAUGCAUGCGUUAACUUUGCAGUUUAUUUUCUUGUUGUAUAUAGCUUUUCUCUGCAGCACAAUUUCCUUUUUUUGAUAAUGCCUUGUAUGGCACAACUAGUUAUCAGUAACUGAAUGUAUUUUAAUCAUUAUGGCUGCUUCUGUUUAUUUUUUUUUCCCCAUUAACGAGAGGUUAUACAUGUUCGCAUAUUAGCUUGUUUGCACCCUCUACCUAUUUAUGUAUGAAUCAUUUGUAAUGAGAGUGUGUGCUGAGAUUGUCUGUGUGGUUUUUUUAAAAAUUUGGUUUUUGUUUUUUGCGUGUGUGUGGGGGGAAGGCUGUAUGCACUUCACUGACUGCAGGUUUCAUUGGGAUUACAUCCAUCAGUCUGUACACAAAUAUGAAGAAUGAGCUGAAGUAUCUGUGCUGUAUUUAUGUUUAUCCACGUCUUAACUUUGAUUAAAUAAAAUUAAAAAAAAGA